UCCUAGCCCGGUGCUCUUGGCGCGGGAGGGGGCGGCUCGCAGACCCCCUGGUCUCAGCUUCCCGGAUCUCCGCCGCCCACUCACUCCCAGGUCUCCGGCUCCCGGCACUGGCCGGCGCUGCGGCUUCCGCGCAGUGGUUGCUGCAUUUAAAUGUCCGGCACCUGGGGAGACGGGCGCAGUCGCAGAGCAGCUCCUGUUCCCGGGAUCUAGAGCGGCCCAAACCCCCGCUUGCCCAAGCCGAGUCCCGCGCGCAGCCCACGUGGGCUGGGGGACUGAGUAUCCGGCCCUCUGGCAGCUGCAACCGCGCACAGCUGGAGCUGGCGGGGCAGAGGGCGGACCGGGACCCCAUGGGGAAGGAGGCUUCCUUCCCAGCCUCCUGCUGCCCGGAAAUCCCCCCGGCUCUCAGACAACCCGCAGCUCCGGUCCUGGGGGGAAGGAGCGGGGCGGGAUACCGGGAUGGGGAGGGCUGGCUGAGUCGGAGGCCUAGGCCGCCCUCCCUCGGGCCGCGCGGCUUCAAGAAAGCAGAAGCGAACCCUGCCCCGGGGAGUCCCACAGGAGCGGUGAUCUAGGAAGAGAAACUUGCGAACAAGGGAGUUGGAUCCGUGGACCCCCGGCCCCCGCCCGGGCGUCCUGCGUCGGAGGAGGGUCUCUGGGUCGGGCAGGGGCCACCUCUUGGCCCGCCCCGUGUCCCUGGACAUCCGAAGAUUGGGCCAUUUCCCUUGCCGCGCCCUUACCGCUUAUCGGGGUGCGCCCGGCCCGGCCCGCCCCACCCAGCCCUCCGCUCGCGCCCAGAGAGGAGGGGCCGCCGGCGCAGAGCCCGGGGACCCCGAGAGGCUGUGCCGCUCCCGCGUCCUCUCUACCGUCCUGGGAUUCCCAGACCCACCCCACCCAGCGGCGCGACCCUGGCCCUUCUGGACGCUCCGUUGACUCCACCGCGCGCUUUCCAGGACCAUCGAACAUACCCCAGCCCUCCAGCCCAUCCCUCCCUGCUCUGUGCCGGUGUCCCCGGCCCUCUCCAGACCCGAUCUCUUUCCCCAGGUUCCCGGGGCGGCCCCAGCCAGGCCCCCUUCGAACCCCGCCGGCGGCCAGGGCUGGGGCGCGCCAUGCAGCUGCGGCUCCGGCUUCUGGCGCUGCUGCUCCCGCUGCUGCCACUGCCCGCGCGCGCCCCGAAGCCCUCGGCGCAGGACAUGAGCCUGGGCGUGGACUGGCUGACGCGCUAUGGUUACCUGCCGCCACCCAACCCUGCCCAGGCCCAGCUGCAGAGCCCUGCGAAGUUGCGCGAUGCCAUCAAGGUCAUGCAGAGGUUCGCGGGGCUGCCUGAGACCGGCCGCAUGGACCCAGAGACAGUGGCCACCAUGCGAAAGCCCCGCUGCUCCCUGCCUGACGUGCUGGGGGUGGCAGGGCUGGUCAGGCGACGUCGCCGGUAUGCUCUGAGCGGCAGCGUGUGGAAGAAGCGAACCCUGACAUGGAGGGUACGUUCCUUCCCCCAGAGCUCCCAACUGAGCCAGGAGACCGUGCGGGUCCUCAUGAACUAUGCCCUGAUGGCCUGGGGCAUGGAGUCAGACCUCACAUUUCAUGAGGUGGAUUCCUCCCAGGGCCAGGAGCCCGACAUCCUCAUCGACUUUGCCCGCGCCUUCCACCAGGACAGCUACCCCUUUGACGGGUUGGGGGGCACCCUAGCCCAUGCCUUCUUCCCCGGGGAGCACCCCAUCUCCGGGGACACUCACUUUGACGAUGAGGAGACCUGGACUUUUGGGUCAACAGACGGCGAGGGAACGGACCUGUUUGCCGUGGCUGUCCAUGAGUUUGGCCACGCACUGGGCCUGGGCCACUCCUCAGCCCCCAACUCCAUUAUGAGGCCCUUCUACCAGGGUCCGGUGGGCAACCCUGACAAGUACCGCCUGUCUCCGGAUGACCGUGAUGGCCUGCAGCAGCUCUAUGGGAAGGCACCCCAAACCCCAUAUGACAAGCCCACAAGGAAACCCCUGGCUCCUCCUCCCCAGCCCCCAGUCUCACCCCCAGACAGCCCGUCCUUCCCCAUCCCUGAUCGAUGUGAGGGCAAUUUUGACGCCAUCGCCAACAUCCGAGGGGAAACUUUCUUCUUCAAAGGCCCCUGGUUCUGGCGCCUCCAGCCCUCCGGACAGCUGGUGUCCCCGCGGCCUGCGCGGCUGCACCGCUUCUGGGAGGGGCUGCCUGCCCAGGUGAGGGUAGUGCAGGCCGCCUAUGCCCGGCACGGAGACGGCCGAAUCCUUCUCUUCAGCGGGCCCCAGUUCUGGGUGUUCCAGGACCGGCAGCUGGAGCGCGGGGCGCGGCCGCUCACGGAGCUGGGGCUGCCCCCCGGGGAGGAGGUGGAUGCUGUGUUCUCGUGGCCACAGAACGGGAAGACCUACCUGGUCCGCGGCCGGCAGUACUGGCGCUACGAUGAGGCAGCGGCGCGCCCGGACCCCGGCUACCCUCGCGACCUGAGCCUCUGGGAAGGCGCCCCCCACUCCCCUGACGAUGUCACCGUCAGCAACGCAGGUGACACCUACUUCUUCAAGGGUGCCCACUACUGGCGCUUCCCCAAGAACAGCAUCAAGGCCGAGCCGGACGCCCCCCAGCCCAUGGGGCCCAAUUGGCUGGACUGCCCCGCCCCAAGUUUUGGUCCCCGCGCCCCCAGGCCCCCUAAAGCGACCCCCGAGUCCAGAGCCUGCGAUUGUCAGUGCGAGCUCAACCAGGCCGCAGGACGGCGGCCCGCUCCCCUCCCGCUGCUUCUCUUGCCCCUGCUGGUGAGGGUUGUCGCCUCCCGCUGAUGGGGGGAGCGAUCCAGACGGAACAGCGCCUGCCACGGCCGAGUCUCCCGCAGCUGGACCUGGUCGGGGGUUGUGAGGCGCUGCGGAGGCCCCUUGUCUGUUCCCACAGACGGGGGCUUGGGCACGGACUAAGCGGGAUGGAUCUCCAGCGCAGGGACGGCGGCAGCGCGGACUGGUCGCCCUGGCGCUGGGCUCAGUCUCCGCGGGGUCUCCCGCCCCCGGCGAUGCCACCUGAACCGGCCGCCAGGGGGCGCGCUCGCGCGCUGGGUCCACUCGUCGGUCGCCGCCCCCGUCGUUCUCUCGCGGCAGCCGCCCGGGGGAUAGGACCGAGCCCGGGGAGGGGGCGGGGAGGACAAGGGGCGGGCCUGCGGCCUCACCCGGAGGGUCGGCGGUCCCUGGCCGCGAGCUGUCCCCGCAGGACUGUCCUUUUCCAGGAAAAGGCAACUUUUCUCGGAGCGCAGUCCCGGGACUCUCCGCAGCCCCGCCCUGCCUGGCCACUGUGCCUGGCGUUCCUGGGUCGUUAGAGGACAGGCUUUACUGCGAAGCUGGGCCCUGCCCUCUCCCACCCGCAGUUUCUCACCCCGUUCUGCUCCCACGAUGCCCCUCUACAGUCAUUGCCACAUUGGUGGGAACGUGGGACCCAGACCCGGAACCAGCCCAGAUACCACCCUUGAGGACCCAUGCACCACGUCCUGGGUGGUGGCAUCAGUGGCUGGAGGGAUGAUCCUUGCUCUCCAGACCCUGUUAACCUUCUUUCCAUUCCUCCCCUGCCACCUGUCUCCUCCUCCUCAGGCCACCCAGCCUGGGCACCUCCCUGGGCCCAGAACUGCCUCCCAUUGAAUGGAGCACCCUUCUAUCCCCAAGAACCCCUUCCCUGCUUGCACCCUGGAGAGAACAGCUUGACUCCCAUCAACUCAAUGCUGGUGGAAAGACAGGGACGGAACCCUGGAUCAGGCCUGGUCAUUGCCCCCUCAGCACUCUCUCCUGGAAGGCCUUAGUUCUAGAGUGAGGGGUGGGUGGAACCUGGGGGCACCUGAUUCACCCUGUCCCUACUCCCCACAGUUUUAGGAUCUACAUGAUUGCCUGUGGAACUAUUUUUCUAGGCUAUCCCACAUCAGGAUCACUGGGAAAUUUAAGUUUGCAGAUCCCACACCUCACCCUGAAUCCUCACUCAGGGUAGGGUCAGGAAUCUGCAUUUUAACUAGUUGCGGGGAUUGUGGGGGGCAGUAGCUGACUGUCUCGUGGCAUUUCUGUGGCUCUGAAGUGUUCCCCCAUCCCAGGACCUAUCUCUUCAUAUCUUCUCUACAGAGCCACACUGACGGCCUGACCCCCAUGGGUAGUCACUUAGGGGCCACUUCCUAAGUUGCUGUCCAGCCUCUGUGACCCCCUAGUGCUUCCUGGAGCUGAGGCUGUGGGCAGCCAUCCCUGCGACCAGGGAAGGGGUUCCCCCAAUUUCUCAUACAAACAGAUCAGCAUGAGGACAGAGGCAGGAGACUUUGGGAAUUCUGGGCUGCUGGGAAACGAUUUGGGCCUCUGUCAGUUUCUUUUCCAUGUAUGAGGAGGGAGAAAUUUGUAUUUUAGAAACUUAUUCAUCCCAGUCAGGACAAUAAAAAUGAAUGGACAAAAAG